AUGUUUUCCAAAGUAUCCAUCGUAGCAUUGGCUCUCGUAGCUGUUAGUAAUGCUCACAUGAUCAUGACCAGCCCAGUUCCAUAUGGAGUCGACACUCUCAACAACUCUCCUUUGGAAGCAAGCGGAGCCGACUUUCCAUGCAAGCAAAGAGAUGGAGUCUACGCAGUCACCACUCAAAACACCAUGGAACUCGGUGGAUCUUAUGAUCUCGCAUUCAAGGGCAGUGCCGUUCACGGAGGUGGAUCUUGCCAAGUAUCUAUCACCUAUGAUGAAACCCCCUCUGCCUCUAGCACAUUCAAAGUCAUUCACUCCAUCGUCGGCGGUUGCCCCAUGAAAAAUAUUGCCGGAAACAACGGAGACAACAAAGAUACUGUCGAUCCAGAUACCUACAAUUUCACCAUUCCCUCAACUCUUCCAGCUGGUAAAGCAACCCUCGCAUGGACUUGGUUCAACAAGGUCGGAAACCGUGAAAUGUACAUGAAUUGUGCACCCGUUACACUCACCGGCGGCUCCAGCAAGCGCAGCGACCUCAUUGCACGCGACCAAGCUGCUUUCAGUGCUCUCCCAGACAUGUUCACUGCCAACAUCGGCAAUGGUUGUUCAACAGCUGAUUCUAAGGAUGUGGCUUUCCCCAACCCAGGUGAUUCCGUUGAGUAUGAUGGAGGCUCCACUGCAACUGCUACCGCUGCACCAACUGGAUCUUGUGCUGCCGCUGUCAGUGGUGCCGCUACUGCAAAGCCUACUGGAGCCACUACCGCUGUGGCUUCAUAUGGUACAGCUCCCGCAGCGACCGCAAGUUCGCUUCCAGGAGGCGUCUUCGUCUCAAUUGCUACUGGUACUGGUGUCGCUACUUCCGCCGCGACCUUGGCAGCAACUUCAGCAGUUGGAGUCGUCCCCGCUGUUGCUACCACCGCAGUCAGUGUUCCAAUAACCCCAACUUCUGUUACUUCCGCUGUAGCACCAGCUGGAACCGGCGCUUCAUCAACUUCCUCUUCAGGAGCCCUCACCGGCGCCUGUACAAGUGAAGGAAUGUUUAACUGCAUUUCUGGAACCUCUUAUCAACAAUGUGGUAGUGGCACCUGGAGCGUCGUCAUGCAGAUGGCUUCCGGAACCACCUGCACCAGUGGCCAAACGAUGAGUUUGGUCAUUGCCAAGAGAAACGGAAAGGGAUUGAUGCGCCAUGUUGCUCGACGGGGACUGGGUGCCGAGAUGUUUAACUAA